GGCGCGAAGUUGGAAAUUCAAAAAUGUCUGUUUAUGUUUUCAUAUAUUUUUGUAUUUUCGUGUAGUUUACUGAUAUAACUUGUGACAUAUACUGCUUAAAAAUGGCAACAAAGAGUCGGCGGUCUUUGUCAGGUUUGCACAAUAAGCCGUAUAUUGGCAGACGUACUGGCAAGGUAAUAGAGGUCAAUGCCAGAUUGGAUAAAUUUGGUUUUGAACAUGUCAGUGACUAUUUUCCAGACACAGACUCUGAAUCUGAAAAUGAAACUACUGAGCACCAUGAGCACAUCCAAGAAAAUAACAAUCAAUCAGCAAUCAACAAAUCUGUAAAGAAUCCUUUGAACAAACAAGUCUCCUCCCCUGCUACUGAGAGUGAAAAAGUGUCUGUUUCUCCAUCAGACAAACAGAUUUCUUUGCCAAAAUCACCUGAUCUCUCUACAGAUAAAAGGGUUCCCUCAACAGGUAAACCUGUUUCUCCAUCAAACAAUCAAGUUCUGUCAACAGUUCAGAGAAUAAAUAGUAUGCCACCAGCAAGUAUCAACUGUUCCAAUAUAAUGAUACCAUCAUCUCCAGAAGAGAAUGUCAUUCCUGGAAGUACCAGAAAAAAGUUACGGUUUUCAUUAGGCAACACAAGCAUCCUUUGUGAAGAAGAACGUUUGGAUAUCCAGCACAGUUUGAUUUCUCCAAACCAGCAAAAUGAUCCGGUUGAAGAAGAGUACACCGUAACCGACCAUGUGAAAGAAUCGCGAUCUAAAAAAGCCUCGAAUAACAAAGAAGAAAGAAGCAACAGUCGAGAAUCAAGCGAAAAUGUAGAAGAGUUACUGACACAAGAGGUCUGCAAGCGCAGCGGCACGUUCUUAACCUUGAAGAAACCGAAAAACACUUUAAAGGGAAUAUUAUCUAGAAGCACCGGCAAUGCUACAGUUGACGAUACCCAUGAAGAACCCAAAACAUCCAGUCAUAGCGCAUCAAAGAAUCCUGAGACAUCCCGAGGAGAGAAAGCAGUUCAGGUUCAAAAAUCCAAAGUGUCGCCCGAAAUCGAGGUUGUCUCGACCACAAGUUCACAAUCGACUAAAAAAGCGACUCGAAGCCGAAUCCCUGUACGAAGAAAGAAGGGGGUAAAGCUUACUUUUCAAGUGAGGUCUCGUCGAAAGUCCUCGCCAAAGACAAAGAGCCCCGAGGAUCAAACGUCGGCGAAAACGCAAUAUCGGAAAACCCCAGGAGCAAAAAAAGGACAGCGGAAAACGACGGCCGGGCAUGUGGAAACCGAAGACGCGGAAACCGGAGACGCGGAAAAUGAUAAUGCGGAUGGACAAGGCAAUGAUGCAGAUGCGAAAUCCUCGAUUGAAGACUCGGUGGACACAGAAUCAGUUACAAUUGAAAAGAGCUCCGAAAGCCAGCAAAAGGCACACACAACCGUACCCCGCUCAAAGAGAGUUACAAGAUCUUCCAAACGAGUUGAUGGCGGUCAGGAGGAAGAGUUGGGCGUUGAACAAACUCUGGAACCAUCAGAGAAAAAGACAACAAGUAAAACCCAAACUAAGGCCAGAACUGUUUCGAAGGUACCAAUUUCAACCCGCACAGGAAAAAUAAGAAAUAUAGCUAUUGCGAAUCAAGAUGCUCAGGACGCACCAAAUGAAUUUAAUAUGGAUACCACGGAGGAGAGCAAAAUUCCAGUUUCACUACGAAAGACAAACUCUAACCAAGGAAAGGCAACGAAAACGGCCAAACAGAUUCAAGAUUCUGAUGAUAUUUUGGAGAAUGGUUUGGACGCCGACCUACCAAUAAUCCUCGAUGACGACCGGUCUCUACGCCUCAAAGACGAUGCCACAAAACACCCAGCUUCCAGUCGUUCUCUGCGAAAUACAGCGAAAACCCAGUCGCGGCAUGCCUCUCAGAACCAAAAAACGAGUGACAGUAACAGCAUUUUAGAAUCAGAAGAGAAUUUGUCAAUUACCCCCCAUAAACAAACAGCACAGAAAAAGCAAAAAAAUGCACGAUCUAAUGAAAACCCACUUAUGUCAAAAACAAGAAAUACGAGAUCAAGAAAAGCAAACGAAACUACUUUAGAGGAAGAAAACAAAGAAUCUACAAUCAACAAAUCAACGUCGAAGGUCACUGCAGCUGAAAAACAGGGGGGAAAUACCCGUAGUUCAACAAAAAAUGCAAGUAAAAUUUCACCAAACGUUUCUCGUGAUUCACUCGAGAAUGAGUCCGAAAGUGAGUGUGAGGAAUCAAAUACAGUUGAUCAUUUAGCUAACUCGUCUGUCGCCUCUUCCCCAAGACGGAGUUAUUUAACAAGGUCUAGCAAUGAUUCCAUAUCGAACAAUGCAGGGGAUGAUUCAUUGAAUGUGACUGGAACGAAAUCGAGGGCUUCGCGGAAAAGAAAGAGUGAAAACUCAAAUUCGGAAGUCGUUGAGAAGAAACCUGCAAAAAUGACUGGAAAACAGGGAACUACUGCAAAAACUGCGAAAUCGAACACAAAAUCUCGAGGUGGAUACAAAUCAAAAACAAACCAAGGUGCCAUUCAAAACUCUGGAUUUUCGUCAGAUGACGAAGCCACAACUUCCUGUAAAGGUAACAAUGUUUCCAAUGAUACAGUGGGCAGUCCAAUAUCGAUGUCGAGUCCAGAGACUGAUGAUAAUCCGUCUACAAUCAAGGCACGGCGAAAUAAAAAUAAACGAACGUUGAAAAUCGACAGUAUCGCCGCUGAAAAUGAUAACACACAGAUCAGUGAAACUGACGAAGGUCUUAGACGAAGCCAGAGGAAUCGAGUUCCGUGUUUACAAUAUUGGAAGAAUGAUAGAAUUGAAUAUGAAAGACGACAAUCAGGUUGGGUUGUGAAAAAUAUUAUUGUAAACCCUACGCCUGCACCCACUCGUCGCAAGAGGCGAGCAGUUUAUAGAUCAUCGAAAUAUCGCUCCAAGAGAGCAAACAGAUUUCGGAGCACAUCUGAAGAUGAAUCGGAUUCGAGCGACAUGGAAAUUCCCGACGGAAUGACAGAAGAAAUGGAUGCUAUGGCGACAGUCGUAGACGCCGAUACUUUAGAGGAUGUCCAAAUGAAGGUUCUUCACAAUAACGAAAAUCUAGAUUUCAGAUCACCGACAUCUAACCGAGAUGGCAAGGAUGCGCCACUAUUACUUCAUAAGUAUUUCUCGCAAAAGAAAUUUGGAGCUGGGGAGAUCAUACUCAAACCCGGUGCUGAAAAGGGGCGUCAACACGUUCGAAGGAAUAUAAUGAUAUUUCACAUUCUGUCUGGAAAUAUCCUGUUUUCAAUCCAUAAUCAAAAUUUUACCGUAACGAAAGGAUCAACAUUUUUUGUACCUCAAGGUAAUAUGUACAAUCUCAAAAAUCUGAGCAGAAAACGAGAUGCCCGCUUGAUCUUCUCUCAAAUAAAAGAAUAGUGCUGGGGAAAAUUUCUUAUCUUUCUAUUAUGUCCAUUAUAUUCUGUAAAUAGUUCCACAAGUUCUUUGUUUUUGAUAGGAUAUUCAUAAUUUCUUAUUACGAUCUUUAUUUCGAUAAAAAAUCAUUUUAUUCAGAGUUAUCGAAAGCGAAAGCAAAUUACUGGCAGUUUUUUUGUGUCUGUUCUUCAGUAUAGGGGAACGUCAAAAAGGCAACCUCAAAUUUAUGACCAUUUAAAAAAAAAGCCAUCUUGAAAUUCUAGAUAUAAUUAAAUGAAAAAAUCCUGUUCAGGCACAACGAGUCAUUACCGAAAAUAUCGGAUAUUGCGGUGCCCGCGCCAAGUUUGGCACCGCAUUAUAUUCUGCCUGUGAGUUUGUUUGUUCGCAUCAAUACGUUUCCUUAAUCGCCUGUUAAAAAUUCCUUGCACAUGCUUGGAAUUUAUU